AUGCGUUGUGGCGCCCCGAGGCCCUAUUGGGGCUCCACAAGAGAGCACGAGAAGCACCAGGGCGGCCGGGCCUCCCGCCACCGGCGACUGCUGGGACAAGUGGUGAGUGGGCAUUACCUCCCGUCUGAAAUAUUGGAAGGUUUCAGGACCAGGGACAGCAAGCUGCAGACCAGGACAAGGGAACGGGAGAGGAACCAGAAGCCGCGGGAUGUGCUGACAAAGUUGACCGCCGAGGAUGACGUGGAGGCCUACCUCGAGCUGUUUGAGCGGACGGCCCACAGAGAAGGCUGGGCCCGAGGAGACUGGGGUGGUAUCCUGACACCUUUUCUGACCGGGGAGGCCCAGAAAGCCUGCCGGGACCUCUCGGCGGUGGAGGCGGAGAGUUACGGCAAUCUCAAAGGGGCCAUUUUGGCUCAAUAUGGCUACAGCCUGCCGGCAAAAGCCCAACGAUUCCAUCAAUGGACGUAUAACCCCGACCAACCCGCGAGAGCACAAAUCGCUGCCCUGAGUCGGGUAACCCGGAGCUGGCUGGUGGAAGGAAACGGGCCCCCCCUCCUGGACCGAGUAGUGCUGGACCGAUGCACCCGGGCCCUACCCCCAGAUGCCAAGAGGUACGUUGGCCAACAGGGGCCGCAAAGUAUUGACCUUUUAAUUGCGUUGUUGGAAAACCACCAGGUCACACAAGAGAUGCUGCGGACCAGCCGACCCGAACCCCUAAGAGGCACCGCCGGGACAUCCAGGACAGAGAAGGGUUAUGGCAGGAGAGCAACCGGAACCCCGGAGCCGCGACGACCCGAACCCACCCCGCCUCCACCCAGGGAGAACCGGGACCGACGACGGUGCUAUACCUGUGGAAGGGAAGGCCACUUCGCACGAGACUGCCCCGACAGAGACGAACCCAUGCCAACGGCGGAGACAUCGGGACCCCCGGCGUUCCCCUGCAGGUACAUCACCACAUGCUGGGCACAUGAGGGAGCAAGAGCACCAACCUUUCCCGUGACAAUUGCAGGCCGAGAUACGGAGGCCCUACUCGAUUCCGGAAGUAUGGUGACGCUCGUCCGACCAGAGUUCGCUGGAGUCGCCCGAGGGGAAGAAAUUUCCGUAUCCUGCAUCCACGGUGACACCAAGCGAUAUCUCACUGCCACCAUUGACAUGUCCACCCCAAGGGGGACGGUGGCCGUACGGGCAGGGGUGGUGGAGAACCUGCCCGUCCCGGUCUUGGUGGGCCGGGAUUGUGUCAUAUUUGAUCGGUACUGGAAGGAAGCUCCGGCGAACUGCAACGCAGAGACCGGCCGCAGGAUCCAGAAGCGACGCACCCACAGAAGAACAGAAGGGGGCGCUCAACCAGCCUGGGCGGGCCUAUCUGGGGGAGACCCAGCCGAGACGGUGGACCCGGACGUAGAGGUGAGAGGGCCCACUCCCGGCCCUGAGGACACCACCGCCACCGCCUCAGAAGCAGGAGCCGAGAAUCCAACAGCCCUGGAAGAGGUGGGUCCGAGCGAGACCUUCUCCGAGUUCUCCCACCGACAGGGGGACCCAACCAGAGACCACAGCCGAUUUGGGACGGCACAGCUUCAGGACCCCAACCUGGCUCAGGCAUGGAGGGAUGUCCAGGAGAUCGAGGGGCAGCUACAACCAGGGGUGAGUGAAACGACAAACCCACAUUUCACGGUUGAUCAGGGGCUGUUAUAUCGGGUACAUGAGGCCAAGGGAGAGUGUCACAAACAGCUGUUAGUUCCCAAGACUUAUGUCUCAAAGGUCCUGUAUCUUGCACACACCCACCUCCUGGGGGCGCACCUGGGAGUCGAGAGAACCUAUGAGCGUAUCCUUCCGCGGUUCUACUGGCCGGGCGUAAAGAGAGCCGUCGAAGAGUACUGUCGCCACUGCGCAGAAUGUCAGCUCCACAGCCCCAAGGUGAAGUAUAAGAACCCACUAAUACCUCUGCCUAUCAUCGAUAUCCCCUUCAGCCGCAUCGCAAUGGACAUUGUGGGGCCGCUCCCACGGUCCAGCCGGGGACACAAAUAUAUACUGGUCAUCAUGGAUUAUGCUACCCGGUUUCCCGAAGCUAUUCCAUUGAGGACAGCCACCGGGAAGACGGUAGCCAGAGAACUGUUCCUGUUGUUCAGCCGGGUGGGUAUAGCAUCAGAAAUACUCACUGACCAGGGAUCAUGUUUUAUGUCCACAGUACUGAAGGCGAUGUCGCACCUGUUGAAGGUGGAACAGCUGAGGACCUCAGUCUAUCACCCGCAGACAGACGGGUUGGUAGAGAGAUUUAACCGCACCUUAAAACAGAUGUUGAGGAAAAUGAUAGAGACAGAUGGUAAGGAUUGGGACCAAUUGCUUCCCUAUCUAAUGUUCUCCAUCCGCGAAGUACCGCAGGGGUCCACAGGAUUCUCCCCCUUCGAACUGCUGUAUGGGCGGCGACCCCGCGGAAUGCUGGACCUGGCCAAAGAGACCUGGGAGCAGCAACCAUCGCGCCAUCGCACGGUCAUUGAACACGUGGAGCAGAUGCACCAACGGAUGGCCUGCAUAUGGCCUAUGGUCCGGGAGCACAUGCAGCAGGCCCAGCUGGCCCAAGCCCGAGUAUACAACCGCGGAGCCCAGGUGAGAGAGUUUAAGCCGGGGGAUAAGGUGAUGGUUUUGGUUCCGACACACAAGUGUAAAUUUCUGGCUAAAUGGCACGGGCCGUAUGAAGUGACCGAGAAAACUGGACCGGUCAAUUACAAGGUCAGACAGCCGGGACGGCGGCGUACCACUCAAAUAUACCACGUUAACUUGCUCAAACGGUGGUAUGAAGCUGAACAACCGCCGGCCCAGGCGCUUGCUGCUCAUCUCUCUCCCCAGGUCACACCCGAGGUAACCAUGGGGCAGCAGCUGACGACUCACCAGGUCCAGGACCUCCGAGAACUCCUGGAUCGGAAUCGAGAUGUGUUCUCUGACCUACCUGGGCGGACCUCGAUAACGGAGCACGACAUCGUCACCGAACCGGGGAAGAAGGUUAGACUGAGACCGUACCGAAUCCCCGAGGCCCAACGUGAGGCCAUCAGGGAAGAGGUCAGAAAGAUGCUACAGAUGGGGGUCAUUGAAGAGUCCCGCAGUUCCUGGAGCAGUCCAAUAGUUAUUGUACCCAAACCAGACGGUAGCCGUAGGUUUUGCAAUGACUUCAGGAAACUAAAUGAAAUUUCACGAUUUGAUGCGUACCCCAUGCCCAGGGUAGAUGAGCUGAUAGAACGGCUGGGGCCGGCCAGAUUCCUCAGCACCUUGGAUCUCACCCGCGGGUAUUGGCAGGUUCCACUUUCCCCACAGGCAAAAGAGAAGACCGCCUUUGUGACACCGGAUGGCCUUUUCCAGUACCGAGUCCUACCCUUUGGGGUCCAUGGGGCACCGGCAACAUUUCAACGCCUGAUGGAUCAAGUUCUCCGACCCCAUCGGGAAUAUGCGGCCGCAUACCUCGAUGACAUUGUGGUCCAUAGUGCCAACUGGAAGGUCCAUCUGGCCAGGCUGGAGGCCGUACUGGGGGCCCUCCGGGAGGCUGGACUGACGGCCAACGCAACCAAAUGUCGCUUGGGGUUAGAGGAGGCGGACUACCUCGGGUACACGGUCGGACGGGGGUGUGUGAAACCCCAACCCACGAAGGUGGAGUCAAUCGCAACAUGGCCCAAGCCCCUGACCAAGAAGCAGGUGAGAACCUUUCUAGGCCUAGUUGGCUAUUACCGGCAAUUCAUCCCCAAUUUUGCAUCCAUAGCCACGCCCCUGCAUGACCUGACUUCAAAGAAUCGUCCCAACCUAGUCAGCUGGACAGCAGAAGCCGAGGCCGCCUUUGGCACCCUGAGACAGACCCUCUGCAGCGAGCCAGUUCUGGUAACCCCGACCUUCGACCAGACAUUUGUACUACAGACGGAUGCUUCCAUGGGGGGGAUCGGAGCCGUGCUCUCCCAGAUACGUGAAGGGGCCGAACACCCGGUCACGUACAUCAGCCAACUAAUGAAGCAUGAACGGAAUUACGCUACGGUAGAGAAAGAAUGUUUGGCAGUCAAAUGGGCUAUGGACAAGCUGCGGUAUUAUCUACUGGGUAGAGAGUUCGUACUGGUCACCGACCAUGCCCCGCUAAAAUGGAUGGCUGUGAAUAAGGAUAACAAUUCCCGUGUCACUAGGUGGUUUCUGAGCCUACAGAACUUCCGCUUCAAGGUCGAACAUCGGUCCGGGAAGCUCCAUGGGAAUGCUGACGCCCUCUCCAGACGGGGGGAAUGCCUAUGGUCCGGCGCUCCAGGUGACAGCUUGGAGCUGAGGGGAUGGGUAUGUGGCGCCCCGAGGCCCUAUUGGGGCUCCACAAGAGAGCACGAGAAGCACCAGGGCGGCCGGGCCUCCCGCCACCGUCGACUGCUGGGACAUGUGGUGAGUGGGCAUUACCUCCCGUCUGAAAUAUUGGAAGGUUUCAGGACCAGGGACAGCAAGCUGCAGACCAGGUGAGCUUCCAAGGAUCAGCACCAUGGACAGGGCUGCAGCAGAGUGCAGGUAUGUGGAAUUUUCCACUCUGCUGCAGCACACCUGAGACUGCUUCAGUGAUUGCCUCACAGAGUAUAUAAGGAGCAGCACAAAGGACUGAGAGGCUGGCUGGGGCUAGGGAGAGAAAUUACGCCUGGCUUCUCUCCUCACCUGUUCCUAGGGCGGUAAGCGGCUGUGAGCCAACGCACGCUUAGAAAUUGUAUGAUUACAACUUUCCACCUUUUUUUUAUGACUGGGGGAGUGGUCUCCCCACGCUGAAAAGGACAGAGGGCUGGAGGAAAAGUCCUACAAGGCCAAACGGAGCAAGGAGAGGAGACGGACCUGGAGUGGGCU